AUGGAUGCCGUUCAACGGUUAACACAACGUCUUUCCGCCGUCCCUUUAGCCGGAAAAUGCUUUCGUAAAACCUUCUCCAAAACCCCAGUACAAACCCACCCAAUUAUUUAUAAGCGACUCGUUCUCGUACGUGGGUCGAUUCAUCAUUCGGGGCGUGCAUUAUCCACUAAAUCAAUUCCCCCACUGAUCGGAAAACACUAUAGCAGCUCAUCCGGAGUAGCUCGAGCUGGUUGGUUUCUCGGAUUGGCCGACAAAAAGCCGGUAUUGCCGGAGAUUGUGAAAGCGGGUGACCCAGUUUUACAUGAACCGGCCCAGGAAGUACCGCCCGAGGAAAUCGGGUCGGAAAGGAUCCAGAAGAUUAUUGAUGAUAUGGUUCAAGUUAUGAGGAAUGCGCCUGGUGUUGGCCUUGCUGCUCCUCAAAUUGGUAUACCGUUGAAGAUAAUUGUGUUGGAGGAUACUGAGGAAUACAUUGGUUAUGCACGAAAGGAUGAAGUUAAAAGACAGGACAGACGCCCUUUUGAUCUCUUGGUUGUUAUAAAUCCAGUCCUGAAAAAGAAAGGGAAAAGAUCUGCUUUAUUUUUCGAAGGCUGUUUAAGUGUCGAUGGAUUUAGAGCUGUUGUGGAACGGUCCCUGGAGGUAGAGGUUACUGGAUUAGAUAGAGCUGGCAAGCCAAUCAAAGUUAAUGCUGCAGGCUGGCAAGCAAGAAUUUUUCAGCAUGAGUGUGACCAUUUAGAUGGCACCCUUUAUGUAGAUAAGAUGGUUCCUAGAACAUUUAGAACUGCAGAGAACUUGGACAUGCCUCUUGCAAAUCAAUGUCCCAAAUUGGGAGUGCGCUAG